UGGGACUCAGCCUCACUGAUGGACCCUUUCUCAUUCCAGGGAGAGGUCCCUCCACGGUGCUCUCGUCGGUUCCUCUUCAAAUGCUGUUUUACCUCAGUGGGACGUACUACGCCCUGUAUUUCCUCGCCACGCUCCUGAUGAUUAUUUAUAAAAGUCAAGUGUUCAGCUACCCUUGCAACCACCUGCUCCUCGACCUGACGCUGCUUUUUCUGAUGGCAAUUCUGGAAGCAGUUCGGUUAUACUUGGGCACGAAGGGAAACCUGACAGAGGCCGAGGUGCCUCUGGCUGCCAGCCUGGCCCUCACAGUGGGCAGCAUCCUCCUUUCUGUGCACUUCCUGCUCUGGCAGACUCUGGUGCUGUGGGCAGACUCGGCCCUCAGCGCCACGCUCCUGGCACUCCACAGCCUGGAGGCCGUCCUGCAGGUGGUCGCCAUUGCCUCCUUCGUCAGGUAGACGUGGCCCAGGACAGCCCCACGCGGGGCCCAGCCCCCACUGUCACCUCCCCCACUGCAGAUGGUUUUGGAUGGUUUACAGAUCUGUUUUGGCAGGGGUGGGGGGCUAGGAACUAGGACAGAACAAACUGCUUGGGGCCCAGGUGUUGGGAACAGCCGCAGGGUGGGGCGGGGGCAUCCACAUAGGCCCGUCAGUGGGGACCUGGUAUCGGCCUGGCCGGCACUGACCCCUAGGCUGAGAAGGAAGAUAAAGCCCUUCAGAAAGGAGCCUUCAGCAGUCACACCAGCCAGCAGGCAGCCCAGCAGCUCCACGUGGUCACCGCCCCCAGAGAAUCGGCUUCCUGGCAGUUUCUGCAGGAGCGUGGGCCACCCGGUUAGUCCCCAUGGGAGCCAGUCAGGACCACGUGUUUUCUGUUCUAUCGCCCACUUGUUGCAUGGCAUUUCUUGGCAUCCUACACUGUCCACACUGGUCCUGAUUCAUGUUUUGAGAGCCCAGUCCACUCUUGCCAGGCCCUGCACCAGGAUGGGACAUCUGUGCCCUCAAGAAGGUGCUCUCCUGAGGGGCCAGAGCUGCAACAGGGGUGGGUGCUGUGUGCCCGGUGCCUCUCAGUGCCCCUUGGAUCCUGGCUCAGGGUCAGGCAGGCCCUGGAGGAAAUGGUGUGCACUAAUUUCCAAAAGAGUAAAUGCAAACCAGCCGGCUCUAGUGUGUGGGGUGUUUUCACCUCAGCCACAGUCCUUGGAGAACAGCUUCAGUUAAAACUUGAGUAACAUUUGUGCUUAGUGCUAAACAAAUUCUAUCUUGUGAUUUUUUUUCCCAUUCACAGAUUUGCUGUAAGUGCUCCCUAAAGUGUCUGUGCUGAUGCUUUAUAGUAGGUUUCUGUCAUUUGUUUCUGUUGUGCAUUUUCUGUGUUUGGAAUAGCAUGUUCAAAUGCCUAGAUGUCUUCUCUUCACUGUAUUUUAUUUAAUAAAGAAGUGUGUAUAUCUCCA